AUGCGCAGCUCCGGGCCUGUUGGACUCGGUGCUUUGGAGGCAGGACGUGUCACGGGCUCACUCACAGACAGGCCGAGUUCUUCGCGUCUCCGGCAGCAACUACAGCCGUGCGUGGAAGAGUGGGCAAGGUGGCGCAGGCAGCGGGAGACCCAGAAAGACGAUGCGGACCGCGCGGCGGCGAUUAGGACAUUGUCUGUGACGCGUAGCUUCCGCGACGCCCCCGCCGCACUGGUCAAAGCCAAUGAGGAACGCGAGGCGGAGAGGCUUGCGCGGGAUCUACUGCUGCAGGAGGAAGCAGUCAUCGAGGCUUCUGUUCGAGGCCGCAGGUUGCCGCAAACCCCGGCCAAUGCAAGCUUUGCGAGCUCUCCAAAGACAGCAUCGCCGCGUUGUCGCGGAGUUCCCCGUUUAUUCCUACGAGGACGCAAAGCCGUUGCUCAAAUGAGCGGGGACCCCAAAGCCCUGAGCGAAUCUGUCGGUAGGGCUUGCGGGCAUCACUUGCCCCUUACUUGA